GGGCCUUUAAGAAUAUUACGAAGAGUAUGUGAGACUGGGCAUUUGCAACUUACCCUCCUCAAGACACGGUGUUGACAACCUCGGGACCUCUGAGGUCGUCAACUGUAAGAAUUAUCCUGAAUUUUUGUUCAUUUUAAAGUUAUUUUAAUGGACUUAGUUUGGUUUGACUAGAAACUCAUUUCCUGUGUUAAUCAAUCGUCUUUUGCUUGUGCAUCGAAAAGUUGUCGUUGACAAUAUCACCCGCUCGUUUGUAAUAAAUUAAGAUAAUAGAAAUUUCACUCAUUUAAACGGAUUGAUAGAAUGUCUUCAACUUCGUCGCACUCCAAUGUUGUUGGUGUUCACUAUAGAGUUGGGAAAAAAAUUGGAGAAGGAUCGUUUGGUAUGCUUUUCCAAGGUGUUAAUUUGGUGAAUAAUCAGCCAAUUGCAUUGAAAUUUGAGUCAAGAAAAAGCGAAGUUCCUCAGUUACGGGACGAAUAUCUGACUUACAAGCUGUUGAUGGGAGUCCAUGGUGUUCCGAACGUCUAUUAUUAUGGACAAGAAGGAAUGUACAACUUAUUAGUCAUGGACCUUUUAGGUCCUAGUUUAGAAGAUCUUUUUGAUUAUUGUGGUCGACGCUUUAGUCCCAAGACCGUGGCUAUGAUUGCCAAGCAAAUGAUAACCCGUAUUCAAUCCGUACAUGAACGACAUUUCAUAUAUCGAGAUAUUAAACCGGAUAAUUUUUUGAUUGGUCUCCAUGGAUCAAAGGUGGAAAAUUUGAUUUACGCUGUUGAUUUUGGUAUGGCUAAACAGUAUCGUGACCCAAAAACGCAUAUACAUCGUCCAUACAAUGAGCACAAAAGUCUCUCUGGCACAGCACGCUACAUGUCGAUCAAUACACAUUUGGGACGUGAACAGUCGAGGCGAGACGAUCUUGAAUCAAUGGGUCAUGUCUUCAUGUACUUUCUUCGGGGCAGUCUUCCUUGGCAAGGAUUAAAGGCAGCCACGAAUAAACAGAAAUAUGAGAAAAUUGGUGAAAAAAAACAAAUGACUCCUAUAAAAGACCUUUGCGAUGGUUUUCCUAAAGAAUUUAUGCAGUACAUGUUGUACGUUCGCAAUUUAAGUUACGAUGAAAAGCCGGACUAUGACUAUUUACGUAACUUGUUUGACAGUUUACUGUUGCGUUUGAAUGAAAUCGAUGAUGGCAAGUUUGAUUGGACAUUAAUCAACAACGGCAAAGGAUGGCAGUAUAGUGCUGCAAAACAACAUGCUGCUCAUCACCGUCAUGCUCAAGAUGCUGCUAAGCGCCAAGCUGCUGUUCCUCAAUAUACAAGAAGCCGCAAUAAUGCGCCACAGUUAAGCCCAAAACAGUUAGUAGUCAGUCCUCCGUAUCAAUCAGUCCAGCCAAUGCGAAAUGAAUCUAAUAGACACGGAAGAUUAGGUUCUUCUACAGCUGCUCUUCAGUCUCAACCAAGGUUGCCCCCAAGUUCCAGUGGUGGACAACAAUAUGGUCAAUUUGGAGCACAAAGUGAGCAUCAGCGGAAGAGUAAUGAAUUAUCCCAAACUUACACUCCAAAAUCUUCAUCCAGGAAGAAAUUCCAUUUACGUUUACUUUCAUGCUGCGUUGCAAAACCUAAGUAGUGGUCUUGCAUCUGAAUGUGUACGAAAAAGCCGAAAGGUUUUUAUGUACUUUUGCUGCUUGAGAAUUUGAUUGACGAGUAUUCGACGGUUUAGAAUACCCUCUUUAGCAUUUGAGCUCUUCUUGUGCGUUGUUGUGCAUCCUGGCAUAUAUCUAUUUCAAAGUUGACAAUUGUCUUAUUUUUUACCCAUUUUCCUCAUCUAAUCUGCUUAAUUAAUUAGCCCAACUUCGUUUUGUAAAGUACUGGGUACCUGUUUUAGUGUUUGAUAUAA